AUCAAUAUGUCUGCAAUUGGGUCAUUGAUUUUCUGUGUUGAUUGUGGCAAUCUCCUCAAUGAAUCCACUGGAGAUGAAAAUACAAUUCUUGUUUGCGACAUAUGUGGAACGAAAAAUCGAGACAUUGCCCCCAAAACUAUCAUUUCAGAAUCUAAACCAGAGGCAUUCCCUUCUGCACUUAGAUCCAAAAGAUCUGCCGUCCGAACAUUGACUGCGGAAGACAAGAAAAAAGAUGCUGUCAUCGCACAUACCUGUGACCAGUGUGGGCGUCCAGAAAUGACAUUUUACACAUUGCAACUUCGUAGUGCUGAUGAGGGAACUACUGUCUUUUACUCAUGCGAGUGCGGGUAUAAAUUCAGUACAAACAAUUGA